AUGUUCGGACCCGUCUGGGCAAUUUUUCUUUCGGCGCAAGAAGCGAUAAGGAAGGUUUUUUACUCUGAUGUCGACAGCAAGAAGGAAAAUGUUCGUAACUCAAGGUGAGGCAUUUUCUGGCCUUUCGGAGUGUCAAAAAGAACUUUUUUUUAACAUCGAUACUUUCGAAAGACAAAUUUCACAUGUCUGAAAUCAUUUUGCUCUCUUUUUAUAAGCUGUAUUUAUAUGGCGCUGAAUCUUUUUGGCGUAGUUAAUUAGAAGCAGCUCGAGACUUAAGCCGAAAAAAAAUCCGAUGGUUACGCCUUUAGCGCGAGAUAUUGGGCAGUUUCUUGUAGCUCAUUAAGGCUCAUGGAUCAACGGCUAGUCAAUCACUUAUUGGUGGAAAUGUUCAUAAUGUCACAAAAAAAAAAACAUUCUAAGGUUACACAAUAGACCUACUUAAAUAAAAAAAAGAGAAAUUGAAAACAUUCUUGCAAGAGAAGCAAACAUGAAAAAUUGCGAUAGUUUUUUCCGACGACCGGUCGUUUCGCCAACGCCUCUUAAGUCGUUUCCCUGACGUACUAUGUCAAACAAAACUUGGCGCUUGCCUUGCUCAAAAUACUCAGAGAUCAUAGUAGAUCCAUGGAAAUCCAGAAAGUAUCAGCUGAAGUGCUUAAUCCAGUAUGAAGGAAACAGUUCAACGCAAAGAUAAAAUGCGGGAAAGUAGACCGGGGCUCGAGCUUUAUUAACUCACACUUCUGCGUUUACUUGCAAAUUGUACUUUCAAAAGUGAGAGGAUUCAUGUAGUCUUAAAAGUUUAAUCUACGCAAACAAAGCAAGACAGUUAGGAUGCGAGAAAAAUAAACAUCGUACGGGACAUUAUUCUUCUUGAGUAAGAAGCUCACCUCAUAAAGGAAAAUAAUUUGGAUCUUAGUCCUCGAACUGACUAAAAAAAAGUAACAAUACACUAUUCUAUGACUUAUAAGCCUUAUAAUGCUCGCGAAUCAUAUCGAAUCCAUCUUUUAAUAAGGUUUUUACUUCUGGAUCACGACUGAAAGACAUUACGUUUGCCAGUUUGCAGUUCGGUCAGUUAGAGCACAAAAUUGAUGAAAAAUCAAAAAAGGCAACUUAGCAACUUGAAAAUUAUUUGUACCUAAAUCAAAUGCUUUAGACGCUGAUGAUAUUAGCAGUGUUCAGUUCAAGUCAAUGCGAGUGAAACUAGAAAAAAACCAGACUUCAACCAGGGCUUUAGACAUUGAGGAUCAAAAACUUCCAACGCUUUUGACAAAGAUGCUGAAGUAGCGUUUAAGUUCAAGUGUCAUGCUAGUGGAAGUAGAAAAUGAUCAAACUUCCAACGGCAGCUUUAGACACUGACGAUAAUAUAUGAACAGUGCUUACUUCUGAGAGUGUCUGCAAUUGAAACUAGAAAAUAACGAUCUUCCAAGUGUUCACUUCUGGGUGUUGUGCCCGGGGGCGGGGGGUACUUUAAAAAUUUCUGGGUGGGGAUGUGCCGCUGGGACCCUGGAACCCUUGACCUAUACCAGAGCUAGUUCAACUGAAUUUUGCUACCCUAUACUAGAGUGAGCUCCUUAAACCCCCCCUAUCCUGGAGUAGCUGUUUCCCUAGUCUAGAUCAAAUCUUCAACCAACUGACCAGUUUCCUCAAAAAUGAUACCCUAUUCUAGAGCCAAAUGCUCUGAUUUAUAUACCCUAUCCAAGAGUAAACUGCUUGAAAACCAUACCCAUCACAGCGGCACAUACUCGUACAGCCCAUAUAUGGCAGCACCCCCCCCCGCCCCCGCCCCCCGGGUGUUGUGCAAUUGAAAAUAGAAAAUAACCAAACUUUCAGAGCUUUAGACAUUGAUGAUUGUAGAAAAUAGUAAAAUAACCAAACUUCCCAGUGCUUUAGACACUGAUGAAGACUAUAAUAGCACUGCUCACUUCUGAGAAUGUCAUGCAAGAGAAACAAAGACACUGAUUAAUGAUCUAAUCACAAUGAUAAUACUAACGAUUGGUAUUUUGUAGGAUUGACAAGCAGGUCAGUGACCACACUGAACUCAAUGCUGAGGCAGCUGAGUUCAUACCAGCCACGAAGGUUUGUGUUAUGGCUACCUGAAAAAUAAUGUGAGCAAAACAAAACAUUAAACCUAGUACACAAAAUAACAUCAUUAAUUUGGUGGAUAGUAUAUAAUUAUGUUCUGUUUGAACAUCCCCACCUAUAUUUGCCACACAAGAGGGAGGGUAGGAAGGGGCAAUGUCAGAGCGAAUUGGACGUUGAAUAUGUCAUUAUUUUAUAGUGUUGUUUGACAAAAUCAAGAAAGAGUGAGAACUAGUGCAAGAUAGGUGAAAUUAAUCAAAACUAUUUCUUCCCCUCAGAUGAUCAAAGUUAAAUCAGAUUAAAGUAACCUUGCAUAAUUUUUGUUUAUAAAGCUGUCAGAAAUUCCAACCGUGGAUGUUGAGGGAAAGGACAAAGAGAAUACAAGGUAUGAUCGUAGAUAGUUACCAGAGUACACUGUAUUUUUUUAUUUCUCUACCCUGCCAGUGUUAAGAUCUUAACAGCACAUUUGGGGUGAUGCCUAUCACACAACUGGCAAAAUUGCUGGCUGGUCAUCACAGACAUAACAGCCACUCAAAGAAAAUGACUUGUUCUCCACACAUCCUUUCCCUGAUUGCUCAAAAUGCACUAAAAUUUUGUAGGAACCCAAUUAUAGUUUUCCCCAAUAAGAUCCCCAGAGGGAGGGGGGAAAAACUAGUCUAAAUCUCCUCCUCCAUCUACAAGUACCCCUACAUGCUGGUGCCUUUUGACCAAACGGCACCCCCCCAAAAGUCUACCUAUACAUCUAAAGGCUAAAAUUUCCUGAUGUAAAAAAUUACAUGAAACUGCAGAGAGACAAAUGUGAUGACUUGAAUGCCAUACAGGCUGUACCUUUGGUUGGCCUUGAUUCAUGCUAAAAAACCCAUUUAAGUACCGUAAAAUGUUUGUUUACAGGUAGAUAUGCCUAUCACAGGCUGUUUGGUCAAAAGGCACCGGCAAGAGAAACAAAGACACUGAUUAAUGAUCUUAAAUGACAAUGAUAAUACUAACGAUUGGUAUUUUGUAGGAUUGACAAGCAGUUCAGUGACCACACUGAACUCAGUGCUGAGGCAGCUGAGUUCAUACCAGCCAUGGAGGUUUGUGUUAUGACUACCUGAAAAAUAAUGUGAGCAAAACAAAACAUUAAACCUAGUACACAAAAUAACAUCAUUAAUUUGGUGGAUUAGUAUAUAUGUUCUGUUUGAACAUCCCCACCUAUAUUUGCCACGAAGGGGGAGGGGAGGAAGGGGCAAUGUCACAGCAAAUUGCACCUUGAAUAUAUUAUUAGUUUCUAGUGUCGUUUGAGAAAAUCAAGAAAGAGUGAGAACUAGUGCAAGAUAGGUGAAAUUAAUCAAAACUAUUUCUUCUCCUCAGAUGAUCAAAGUUAAAUCAGAUUAAAGUAACCCUGCAUAAUUUUUGUUUAUAAAGCUGUCAGAAAUUCCAACCGUGGACAUUGAGGGAAAGGACAAAGAGAAUACAAGGUGCGAUCGUAGAUAGUUACCAGAGUACACUGUAUUUUUUUAUUUCUCUACCCUGCCAGUGUUAAGAUCUUAACAGCACAUUUGGGGUGAUGCCUAUCACACAACUGGAAAAAAUUGCUAGCUGGUCGUCACAGACAUAUUAACAGCCACUCAAAGAAAAUGACUUGUUCUCCACACAUCCGUUCCCUGAUUGCUCAAAAUGCACUAAAUUUUGUAGGAACCCAAUUAUAGUUUUCCCCAGUAAGAUCCCCAGAGGGAGGGGGGAAAAACUAGUCUAAAUCUCCUCCUCCAUCUACAAGUACCCCUACAUGCUGAUGCCUUUUGACCAAACGGCCCCCCCCCCCAAAAGUCUACCUAUACAUCUAAAGGCUAAAAUUUCCUGAUGUAAAAAAUUACAUGAAACUGCAGAGAGACAAAUGUGAUGACUUGAAUGCCAUACAGGCUGUACCUUUGGUUGGCCUUGAUUCAUGCUAAAAACCCAUUAAAGUACCGUAAAAUGUUUGUUUACAGAAAGAUAUGCCUAUCACAGGCUGUUUGGUCAAAAGGCACCGGCAAGAGAAACAAAGACAGUGAGAUUAAUGAUCUUAAAUCACAAUGAUAAUACUAACGAUUGGUAUUUUGUAGGAUUGACAAGCAGUUCAGUGACCACAUGGAACUCAAUGCUGAGGCAGCUGAGUUCAUACCAGCCAUGGAGGUUUGUGUUAUGACUACCUGAAAAAUAAUGUGAGCAAAACAAAACAUUAAACCUAGUACACAAAAUAACGUCAUUAAUUUGGUGGAUUAGUAUAUAUGUUCUGUUUGAACAUCCCUACCUAUAUUUGCCACAGAAGCGGGAGGGGAGGAAGGGGCAAUUAAUGUCACAGCAAAUUGCACCUUGAAUAUAUUCUUAGUUUCUAGUGUCGUUUGAGAAAAUCAAGAAAGAGUGAGAACUAUAGUGCAAGAUUGGUGAAAUUAAUCAAAACUAUUUCUUCCCCUCAGAUGAUCAAAGUUAAAUCAGAUUAAAGUAACCCUGCAUAAUUUUUGUUUAUAAAGCUGUCAGAAAUUUCAACCGUGGACAUUGAGGGAAAGGACAAAGAGAAUACAAGGUGCGAUCGUAGAUAGUUACCAGAGUACACUGUAUUUUUUUAUUUCUCUACCCUGCCAGUGUUAAGAUCUUAACAGCACAUUUGGGGUGAUGCCUAUCACACAACUGGCAAAAUUGCUGGCUGGUCGUCACAGACAUAACAGCCACUCAAAGAAAAUGACUUGUUCUCCACACAUCCUUUCCCUGAUUGCUCAAAAUGCACUAAAAUUUUGUAGGAACCCAAUUAUAGUUUUCCCCAGUAAGAUCCCCAGAGGGAGGGGGGAAAAUCUAGUCUAAAUCUCCUCCUCCAUCUACAAGUACCCCUACAUGCUGGUGUCUUUUGACCAAACGGCCCCCCCAAAAGUCUACCUAUACAUCUAAAGGCUAAAAUUUCCUGGUGUAAAAAAUUACAUGAAACUGCAGAGAGACAAAUGUGAUGACCUGAAUGCCAUACAGGCUGUACCUUUGGUUGGCCUUGAUUUAUGCUAAACACCAAUUAAAGUACCGUAAAAUGUUUGUUUACAGGUAGAUAUGCCUAUCACAGGGAGUUUAAUAUUAUUGUAAAUAUAGAAUACCAUAAUUUUACACUGUUGUUUACUUCAAGAUGAUGCCAAUUUUAAAAACUUCACCAGGAACGAAAUGGAUAAAUUAAUGGGUUUGAAGAUUGAAAUUUAUUUCAACAGAACUGAAGACAUUAUUGUACAAAGCCAUUUAAACCCAGAAGCUCAGGUCUUUGUCCCAUCUGUGAAGGUAUGUAUUUUCAUAAAACAAGUUUAAAAAAACAAUAACUUGAAAGAAAGUAUCAUGGGUAUGUGGCCGUUGCCAUUGGGGAGCAUUCAUACACCAUCAGUUUCUCCUCAAUAAAAUAUCAUUUAUAUAACAUCUUACUAGUAAUAUUAAAGAACAAAAAAAAGUAAGUUAAAGAUCCCACUGCCACUUUCAAAGAAAUUAUUAAUAUGAAAACAACCAUAGAAUAUUGAGAAUGAGGAUUAACAAACUUCACUGCCUUAAUAACUGUAAGCUUUUUACUUUUCCAUAUUACAUACAUAUACAGUAUUAAUUUGUUUAUUUGAUCACAUUGUUUUUAAAUUUGCUUCAAUUGAAAUAAAGCAAUAUCAGGGCGAACACGAGACACAGAAAGCUAGUGGUAUAGGUCUUUAUAAAAGUUCUCAAAAAAAUAAGGGUAAUUUUCCACUGGCUGAGUGUAACAAAUUAAGUGGAAAAUGUAUUUCUCACACACCGCUGGGAGCCUGGGUAUAGGUCAUGUGACUGUAGGGCAGGCAGUUGCUUUUGUUGCGUCCGCCAUUACUGACCUUCCCACCCACCCACCCUAAGAUUUCACUUUUGUAUGCUGUUUAAUGCACGGUGCAACUUUGUAGUUUUGUUAGCGUCCUACCUUUCUGAGGUUAUGAUAUGUAUGCAUUUUUUGACUUUAAAAUAAAGGUCAGGCUGCGGCGGUCAGCUUGGCAUGGCUACCAGUGGCGUGUGAGAAUUUCAAUUAUUUGUGGUCAAAUUAAAAACAAUAUUUAAUUAUAAAUUAUUAGCCUGCUGUUAUGCAGGUGAAAAUAAGCAUACUGACAAGUCAAGUAAAUUACUUUAAACCCUAAAACCAGAUAGGAUUCAAACAAUACAGAGGAUGAUGACAAUACGUGUUCUCUAGCUACCAGUAUUAGUAGUCAAUAAAAGUUCAUCUGUCCUUGAUUGACUUCUUGGUGUUUCCUGUUCUAGCCACUUACUACUGAUCAGAGGCCUUUAAGUAGCAGGUAAGACACAAAACUUGCUUCUAAUAACAACUGGUAAUAACCAAAGGUUAGGAAGAGAGUCAUCCUUGGAGACCUGGGGGUGUUCAGUCGGGUCGGGAAAAAAGGUGGAAAAAAUUUUUAAAAAUGGUUGAGAGACCCUCAUGGUGCUUGUUCUUGAAAACUUUCACCACCAUUUUUCUCGACCUCAGUGACCACCUCUACGGGUCUCCAAGGAUAAAAUUGUGUGGGUAAGAUUAUAAUGAACUUAACACUAUUGCUCCAACACUGUAAUAGCAACCAGGGGCCGGUUGCUCGAAGCCCGGUUAGCGCUAACCCUUGGUUAAGAGGUAUCAAAAUGUAUAGGUUUCCAUGGUAUUUAACGCUGGUUAGCACUAACCAUGCUUCGAGCAACCCGGGCCAUGCCAGGAGGUUAUAAUUUGCAGGCUUCUCUACAUACAGGUGUAUUUAUAGUUAACCGCAAUUAUUUGUCGCAUUGUUUCCCUGGAACCUAUAUUGUCCUAUGCUGAAGAUCAUCUAAACUACCAGUUUUGACCAAAGUGACAAGUCUUUUUCAGUUUAAGAUUAUUUGUAAAUAAAGAAUACCAUGAUUGAUUUUUUUAUGCUGCUGUUUACCUCAAGACAAUGCCAAUUUCCUAAAAAUUAUCUUCACCAUGAAUGAAAUGAAUAAAUUUCUGGGUUUGAAAAAUAAAAUUUAUUUUAACAGAACUGAAGACAUUAUUCUACAAAGCCAAUUAAACCCAGAAGCUCAGGUCUUUGUCCCAUCUGUGAAGGUUUGUAUUUCCACAAAACAAGUUUAAGAUAAUAAUAACUUUCAAAAAAGUUAAUCAUGGGUAUGCGGCUUAAUUGCCAUUCUGGAGCACUCAUACGCCAUCAGUUUCUCCUCAAUAAAAUAUCAUUUAAUAUAAUAUCUUACAUGUACAUGUAAUUACCAAAGAACAACAAAAAGAAAGUUAAAGUUCUCCCUUCCACUUUUAAAGAAAUUAUUUGUGUUAUUAUGAAAACAAAUAACCAUAGAAUACCAAGAAAUUAUGAGGAUUAACAAACUUCAGUGCUUAAAUAACUGUAAGUUUUUGCCUUACCGAUCAUAUCCUGAGGAGCAUCUUAUAAAGGGAAAGGCUUAUUGUCUGACCAUGGCAACAAUUUUACAGCCACAAAACACAUCAUGUGUUGUUAUUGUUUGUAAUGUGUGACUUUUUCGCUUUUGUUUUGAGAGUGAAAGCACCGUAAUUAGUAACUUCUGGAAGCAAAUUGUUGUAAGAACAGCGAACAUGGUCAACAAAAUUUUCCCGUAAUUCUGGGUGCGCCUUAUAAAAGGGUAUUUAGGUGAAAUUUUGAUUUUGCUUACUUGUCACAAUCGUCUUCGAAAGUUUAGGGUGCGUCUUAUAACCGAGUGCGCCUUAUAAGUAAAUAAAUACGGUAUUUAGGAAAGAAGAUACUUAAAUAUACAUGUAGUAGUAAAUUAAAGGAUUUUUUUUCUGUGCAUACUGCAAACAGUUAUCUUCUUCUUGUUUUAAUUUGCCGGUACUGUAUUUCACAAACAUUUCCACAAAAUUUUAUGGAUAGUAAGUUGUGGUCCCUCAAUUCUCUGAAAUCUAGAAGAACAUCUGAAGUAUAUUUCAAAAUGUUACAGAAAAGAAAAAGAAAGUUUCAAUUUAAAUUUUGCUGACCAAUUUUUGUCUGACAGAAUUUCAGCAGAGCUAGACUGUGUGAAAAUGAGCACAGAGCACAACAACCGACAACAUACAUUAUGAGACCUGCAUGCGUUGAUCCCAGUUAUCAGUCAAGGCCAGCUCCCCCUCAAUAUCACUACCAGCAAGGUUUGUAA